AUGUGGCUGAAUCAACAGCCCUUGGACGAUUGGCCCAAAGCCAAAACAGUGCAACUGGCUAGCUUCUGGUUGCAUUUGAUAACUGAGUUAAACUUCGGGACAAUUUUGUAUUAUACGACAACAGGAAGUGACUGCUGGAUUGAAAAACUAUUGAGUGAGAGCAACCUAAGCGCCACCACAUUGGUUUGGAGCAAUCGGCUUCAUAUGCCCUAUUUAAAGGAACAUCAAGAUGUUAAUAUGCUGGGCUUGGUUUGCUUGGACAUUGACCUCUAUCAACCAAUGUUGAACGCGCUGAGCAUUACGCUUAACCACAUGAGGGAGGUGCCUCUAGUGAUACAGCUUUGCAUCAAGGAUUCGCGUCAACCCAAUGAACUGGAAGUGAUCCGUAAGAUUCUUAAGCAGUGCCAGGAUCUGCUUAUUCCGAAUGUGCUGCUGCUAUUGAGCGAUUUCUUGAACACACGCAAUCUUUACGCCUAUCAGAUGUUUCCUACAUUUCGACUACUAUCACAGCUCUACAGUGCAAGGUCGCUCCUCUAUCCCUAUAAGCUGGCCAAUUUACAUGGACAGAUUAUAAGGACACGACCAGAUCUAUCGCAGCCGUAUGUAUUUAUGUACAAAGACCGCAACGGAAAUGAAAUAACUACUGGCAUGCUCUGGCGCCUAAUUAUGGGGUUCGCACGCCAAUUAAACGCCACCCUAGAACUGAGCUUAGAUCCCGCUACGAAGCAAGUCAGCUCUAUUAAGAACGGAUAUUUCAAACUUCUGCAGCAUACGCAAAAUGGACAAAUUGACGUUACAUCCAGCAUUUUUCCAAUGACUAUCUCGACGAAAAACACCAUUGCCAUGUUCAGUUUUCCCGUUGCCAUUAGUAGUUGGUGCACUAUGCUGCCAGUUGAGCGUAGGCUAACUCCUAGUGAGGCCAUACGAGGUGUCUUUGAAUCGCCCUGGAUGUGGAUCUAUAUAUCCAUUAUAUACUGUUUGACUCGAUGGAUGGAUGGACGUCGAUCGCUAAGAAGACCGCUCCUUAGAUUAAUCCCCUCACUGAUUCAACUCACUCUGCUCUGCACGGUGGUGGCGCAGCUUUCGGCUCUGUUUAUUCGGCCACACAGACUUCAAUUUAUUUCCAAUUUGGAGCAGUUGCGGGCAGCCAGAUUGCAGAUAGUCGGAUCACGUUCCAGCUUCAAUAACUAUCCUGAGGAAAUGCGAAUCAAGUAUGCAUCGUUAUUCAUAUCAUACGAGAACAACACCGAAUUUGAAUUGCUACGAAAUAGUUUUAAUACAUCAUAUGCCUAUACAGUAUACGCCCUCAAAUGGAAUUUCUAUGCGGAGUUGCAAAACUUCUUUAAGCGGCCAGUCUUUCGUUACUCAGACGAUAUUUGUAUUUAUGAGCAGUCACUUAAUUCUGUUCUGUAUCGAGAAAAUUUUUUGCUUCGUCAUCAACUAAAUUUACACAUCCUUUGGUUGCGUCAAAGCGGAAUUAUCCAAUUUUAUAGGAAACAACAUUUUUUUGAUUCGCUCCAUGCGGGUCAUCAGAAGCUGGAGGACUUAAGUACGCAGAAUGAAAUAGGGCCACUAAAAUACGCGGACCUGGACUUUGUUCUUUUGUUAUAUGGCUACGCAAUGGUCGUAUUAAUUCUAAUAUUUGUAUUCGAGUUGCUUAUCAACUUUAUCAAAGUUUCCCUGGAUAUAUUGUAAGAGUUCUAGCCGAAACCAAAUUAUUGAGACAUUUCUAA